GGCACCGCCGCCGCUCAGCCCCGCCCUGCCCCGCCGCCACCGGGCCCGGAGGAGCCGCAGCCGCCACCAGAAUGUCCCCCCGGCCGCCCCCCAGCUCCUGUGACACCUUCGUGGCGCUGCCGCCCGCCACGGCGGGGGGUCGCGUCGUCUUCGGGAAGAACUCGGACCGGCCGGCGGAUGAGGUGCAGGAGGUGGUGUAUUUCCCGGCCGCCGUCCACCCGCCGGGCGCGGCGCUGGAGUGUACCUACGUGAGGAUCGACCAGGCGGAGAGGACGCACGGCGUGGUGCUGAGCCGGCCCGCCUGGCUGUGGGGCGCCGAGAUGGGCGCCAACGAGCACGGCCUCUGCAUCGGGAACGAAGCGGUGUGGGGCAGGGAGGAGGCGGGCGGCGAGGAGGCCCUCCUCGGCAUGGACCUCGUCAGGCUGGGACUCGAGAGAGCGGACACAGCUGAAAAGGCUGUUACUGUCAUAGUUGAUUUGCUAGAAAAAUAUGGACAGGGAGGAAACUGUAUGGAGAGUCAGAUGGCAUUUACAUACCAUAACAGUUUUCUGAUAGCCGACCGAAAGGAAGCAUGGGUGCUGGAAACAUCAGGAAAAUACUGGGCAGCAGAAAAAGUAGAAGGUGGCGUACGGAAUAUUUCCAACCAGCUCUCUAUCACAACCAAGAUUGACAGAGAACACCCAGAACUGAAGGAAUAUGCCAAAAGCAAGGGCUGGUGGGAUGGGAAAAAGGAAUUUGAUUUUGCUGCCACAUAUUCUUAUGUAAAUACUGCCAGAAUGACCACAACAAGAGGCCGAUAUUGUGAAGGCUAUAAACUUCUGAACAAACAUAAAGGAUCUAUCACUUCUGAAAUAAUGAUGGAAAUUCUUCGUGACAAGGAGAGUGGCAUUAAUAUGGAAGGUGGAUUUAUGACAACUGGAAGCAUGGUGUCUGUAUUGCCUCAACAGCCCAAUCUCCCCUGUAUUCACUACUUCACUGGAACUCCCGAUCCUGCGAGGUCUGUAUUCAAGCCUUUCAUUUUUGUGCCCAAUAUUACUCAGUUAUUAAAAACUAUCUCCCCUACAUUUGGGCAUGAUGAUCCAGUUAAGAAGCAACCACGUUUUCAGAGUAAGCCAGAUCGAAGACAUGAGCUCUAUAAAAAACAUGAAAGUGCUGCUGUAGUUAUGGAAACUAUCAAGGGCAAAGGUAAAGAGAUGCUGAAAGAGAUAGAGAAGUUGGAGAAGCAAAAGAUCAGUGAAAUGGAAUCAAUCCUGCAAAACGGAUGUCUUGAUGCUGACCAAGUGGUUAACCUUUUUUCACAGUGUGUAGAAGAAGAACUCAAGAUAUAUAGCUAAAAGUACUAUUUGAAUGUGGUAAAAUUAAGUUUUAUGAUUAACUUUCCUAAUGAAGUGGCUACAUAGAUUACAUCCUAUUUUCAGUGUACCAGUUAGUAUGGAUGGUUUUAAAGAUGGAGAUUCAUAUUCAGUCCCAACAGCUUUUGGUGGUAUGCAGCAAUGCUGAAAAGGCUCUUAAGAGACAGUGGCUUUGUCUGUACAUGGCAUGAAGCUGGCAGCAGAGAUAGAUUGAUAUUGACAGAUGCAGUUAGAAUGUGAUAGCUUGACUAAAUUGCAGAACCACCCUAUCUCUGGGUGAAGAACACUAAGAUUUGGAGAAAUCAGUUCUAGUGUACGCACAUGUAGCUUCUAUAGUCAAGAUAAUUGUAGCAGAAUUUCACAGUCUGAAUUAAAAUGGCCAUGCUGAAGGACUUUUCUAAUAUUGCACUGAAUAAAAAGGAAAGUGAUAUGCAAGUCAAGUAAGGUUGAUAUUCCCCUGCUAGAUAACCAUUCUAAGAUAUGUUUCAUAUAUGAACCUUCUACUCCUUCAAUGUAAGAUGAGGCUAAGAGUUCAAGCUGUAUUAAAACCACAUCACAGAUACAAUUUUACCCUGAUUUGUUGUGAAAUCUGAUUACACAGAAUUCAAGAAUGUUAGGUAUCCUGCAAAUUACCACACAAUUUUCACUUCCCUAUUUUCCCCACCCUGCUACUGAAAAAUAAAUUAACUUAUUUACAUACCAAUAUGAUUAUUGUCAAAUUGAUUCUGCGAUAUGCUCUCUAACAUCAUAUGGGAUUUUUUUUAAUGUUUCUUGAAUUGUUUCUUUUUUAUAUCAGGCAACUAGAAAGGAAGAGGUUGGGGUACACAAGUAUAUACAUGUUCUCAGCAGGACACUUAAAAGUCCUUUUAAAUUUUUUCACUUCAUAUAAAACAUUUUAACCAUGACCUGUCUUGCCAAAGUUACCAGACUAUACAGUUAAUUUAAUCAAGCUUUUUGCCCUGCCAGGAACUCUUUCUCCCUGAUCCUGUUUAAAAGUAAUGAUUAGUAUGUGACACUACUUUUAUUAUCCAUGGCAAGGGACAAACUGAGCAAACACCAAAGAAAGAAGAUUCUGGCUUUACUACAUGAUCAAGCAGGAUAAAAGGUAUGACUGGAAGGAAAAAAUCCCCAACAAAACGACACCAAACCCAGGACUUUUGCAAGCCUUUGUAAGUGAACAUGUAACAUGAAACAGAGCAUUAGAGCUGCGGUAGCAGUAUGUGAGAUGACACAGCAUCCCCACAGAAAGAUCAUGCUUUGAUGACUUUUCUAUAUUUAGUCAGUUUCUAGAGUCAUCUCAGAUGCUAAAGAUGGGGCUACAUACAUACAGUUUUCUCAUUUUGUAAACUGUUCUAUCCCCCUACUGGUAAAAAAAGUAUAGGCAAACAAAAGAAAUACAUAUACAGUAAAGUCUGCAGAAUGAAUAUGGCAAUUAAGAGCUUGGCAGAAUUUGUUCUUCCUGAUCCUACAGUGAAAGCAGAAGUUAGUUUGGGAUACUGUGUUCAGAUCCACAGGAAGAAACUGAUGGGUCAGGAAAGAUUCUUGAACUUGCUAGUUCGAGUGAUCCUAUGCGUACCAAGUAGCAGUAGCCAGACUGAGCAGCAGGUAAGACUGUGAAAGUAAGCUUGAGUUGACUGUAAACUUUUUCUGCCUGUUUUACCAAAAAUAUUUCUCUGAAGUUCAAUAGUACUGUGAAUGUUCGUGAACUGGAAGGUAUUUUUAGAAAAAUUUUGCUAUACUUACCUGUUUUCCUCAUGGAUGUCUGUAUGUGACCAUCAUGUAUAUAUUUGUCCCAUUUGUGGUCAUCAGCUGUUCCACACUAUGUCUUUGAUAACUUCAAACCAUCAAUAAAUGCUGGGUAAAACUGCUGGAAA